AGCUGCAUAGUGGCUUCUUCGUCGCUGUUGCUGUCUGCUCCUACGUGUUUCUUUGUACUCGCUAAUAGCUUCCUUUUCCUGUUCUCCUUCAGAUCCUCAUCCGUUGAGCUGCGUUGUGCGUGCUUUUCUUUCCCUCUCGCGGUACUUCGUCUUGCAUAGUUUUUUUUCCCCCUCUUCUCUUGCCUUUUCUUAUUACCUCCGUUUUCGUUGUUCUCCAGUCAUGAGCGCCGUCGUCCCACCCCCGCCGCCGUCCGGCUCCAUCCUACAGAAGCAGAGCAGCUUCUCCCGCUCGAAGACCGGCACGACGACCACCGCCGCGGCAGCCGCCUCUGCCAACAAGGCUCCCGCGAGCAACACUUACUCCGCCAACUCCGCACCGCAGGCCCGUGCGCCGAACUACAUGGCGAGGCCUGCGAUGCAGGCGCAGAACGCGCCUGGGCCCGGCGCCGCCCCGAACCGUGACGCAGCGGCCGGUCCGAUGGCCACCUCGCCGGCUCGUCCCAUGGGUGGUGGCCCAGUGAAACAGCCGCCGUCGCAGCAGCCGAUGAUGAUGAUGGAGCGGCAGCAGGUCGGAGGCCAGCCGGCCCCGCCGCCGGGGAUGUGGGGCCGACCGGGCAGCUCACCCCUGCCAACGGCGCCUACCCGCUUGCGACGUCUCCGGGCACUGGCGCGAAGCGUGCCGUGCCGGCCCCGGCCUACCAGCCGAUGGCCGCCGCCGCCGGCCCGACCGUGUCGCCGUCCUCUGGUCCCAAACGGGCGGUCGGUCCGGGUACGAACAACAGCGGCAUGAUGGCCUCGCCCAAGUCGACGCCGGCGGCUGCGGGUGGCAUGAAGCGCGCACCUGGUGUGGCGCAGGGCCCCCCUGCCGGUACGCCCUCGGCGGCCAGCGGGGCAGCCGGGAAUGCACCACCGACGAUGGCGCGCAAGAACAGCAUGAAUGGCGACAUGGGCGGUGGUGGCUACGGUUCGAUGGGCCCUGGUGAUCCGAUGGGCGGUGCUGGUGGUUACGGAUCCAUGGGUCCUGGCGGCUACGGCUCUAUGGGGCCCGGUGGUCCGAUGGGCGGCUACGGUUCCAUGGGCGGCGGUGGCUACGGGUCGAUGGGCAUGGAUGGGGCGAACGGUGCGGGCAUGGGCGGCUCCAUGUACGGCCAAAACCCCAACCCGAGCUCCAUGUACGGGCAGAACAACGCCGGCUCGAUGAUGGGCGGUCCGAUGGGGGGCUCCAUGUACGGUCAGAACCCCGGCGGUGCUGGCGACGCUGCCGCCGGCAUCGGCGGUUCCAUGUACGGCCAGAACCCCGGCGCCGGUUCCAUGAUGGGUGGCAUGAGCUCCAUGUACGGCAUGGGCGGCCCGUUUGGCUCGAUGGGUCCUGGCUCCAUGAUGGGCCCGAUGGGGGGCUCCAUGUACGGCAUGGGCGGUCCGAUGGGCGGGUCGAUGUAUGGCAUGGGCGGCAGCGGCAACAUGAGCACGUGCGGCAUCGCCGCGCAGUGGGGCAGUUUGGCGAACAUGUCCACCGGCGGACGCGAUGGGCCGACAAACCGCAGCGGCAUCUCCAGCGACUACGGCGGCUUCGCGGAGGCGACCACGAUGGAUCUGAAUGACCUCUGCCCGAACAUCGGCACCUUUGACGAUGCAAAGGAUCUCAAGCGCAGCGGCAAACGGGGCGGCAACCACCUCUACAGCCGCGAUAAGCACGAGAAGAUCAUCGCGACGAACAACUCCAACGCACAGGCCCUGACGAUUAAGCGCAAGGCGGACGUGAAGGCCUCACCUGGGGCACGGGCGACGAGCACCUCGGCCAGCCCGGCAGCGGAGUCAAACUCCCGAAACGCACCGCGCAGCUCGCCUGGCGCGGCGGCCGGCAACACUGCCGGCGGCAAGCUCCGCGCGAAAGUGCCGUCCAACUACAACGUGCACUCCCUCAUCAUCGUGGACAAGGCCGGCAGGACCGCCGUGACGACCGUCAAGGACCCCUCCACCGUCGUCUUCGAGAAGGGCGGCAAGAAAGAGACCUUUGAGGCCGACGAGGCGAUGGCGCGUGCGAGCGCGGAGGAGGAUGUCGACUCGGUGCUGCUGUCGGAGCUGCGCAGCAACUGGUUCAACGGCCACAACUCUAGCCUCAUGAUGUGCGCCGGGAAAGGCAAGAACACCGCGACGCAGGAGUUGGGCCGCGGCUUCAUCCAGAAAUGCAUCGAGCGGCUGGAGAAGAACGAGAAGGACACGGGGGUGAAGUUCGAUGUCUCCAUGACGAUGGUCGCCCUGCGCGGGGCUGACCAAUGCUGCGACCUGCUGAAGGAGGGCGCCGGCUACGACAAGAUGGCAAUGGGGUCCUCGCCUGUGUACGGCCCGUGCCUGCUGGAUCUCGAGACGAAGGUGGUGAAGACGGGCACGGAGGCAACGAAGCACUUCAACGCGGGCCUGAAGAACGCGAAGGAGGAGAAGGAGAUUGUGGCGGCCUUCUACGUGCUCAAGACGAUCAAGAAGACCGGAGCAGAGGUGGAGGUGCACCUGUCGUCCAUGUGCCUGGCGCUGUGCGGCGAGACGGUGUCGCACAUGACGGAUAUCAAGGACAAGCUGCCGUCGUCGCCGCACCGGCUUUUCCGCUAUGCAGUGGAUGGCGCCUGCGUCACCGUCAGUGGGCUCUGCAUCGACUCCAACGACGAGGAGGCGCAGGCGGCGCUCGAGGUGGAGCGGAAGAUGCGCGAGGUGAAGAACCAGCCGCCGCGCAGCGGCAACGUGAAGCGCUUCGUUGACUUCACGUACAAGGAGAUCACACGCCAGAAGGAGAAGGCCGCCAGCGCCACCGGCUCGGAGAAGAAGACGCGCGAGACGCAGAUUGAGCGCAUGGAGGAGAUGGUGAAGGACGCAAAUGAGCUGCUCACGGAGCCGGAGAAGACGCGACCGAAAGGCUAUCCCACCGGCCGGUAA